AUGCCUGUGUCUCAAGACAACUCAAUUAAAGAAUAUCAGCAUCACAUCAUCUUCUACAUGAUCCUCAUUCCGGGCUGAUAAAGCAGCGUUCUCCUCUGGGUUUUUUCUGCGCCUCGUGAAGAGGAGACAAAGAAGGCUGUGAUAUUCAUGAUCACCUGGCCGCCAGCUGAUCUGCUGCAGGUGCUGCCGCUGCCUCUGCGCAUUUACUACUAUUUAAACAACUCCUGGCCUUGUGAUGCUGCCUGCCUGCUCUGUUCUACCUGAAUCGUCAAUAUAUACGCCAGCAUUUCUUUACAAGCUUGCAUCAGUCAGCAAGGCUGCCGGCUCAUCGGCAUCAACCGCUGCGCUGAGACCACCAGAGACGGCGGGAGGCGUGGCCUGUGUUUGAUCAGGUGGUUAAAUGCAUUGUGUCUGGGAUGCCUUCCUUCCUCUUCUCAGAACAACCAUCUCAAGCCAGCGUCAACUCAAACCUGCUGUGCCAUGGAGCUGCCCGCCCAGCGCCCCGCUCAGUAAGCUGCUGGAGUGUCUCUGGUAGCGUUCGCGGCAGCGGGCUUCCUCCUGCCGCUGGUCAUGGUGGUCACCUGCUGCGUGGCGGCAGCGACCAGUCUGCGGCAGAAGACCUGUGUUCUGCAGGACGACACAGAAGUGGCUCAGAUGGUGCUGAGCUGCUUACUGUGUUCUGGUGUGUUUCGUGCCUAUCAUCACUUUCCCUUUGACGUCUUGGCCAAAUCCAACUGCGGCUGUGGCUCUGCUUUUAAAUGCGUGCUCCACGUUCAUCCGGUCACUUUGUGUCUAGCCAGUCUGAACUGCUGUCUGGACCGGUCAUGCUACUUCACUGCCGAUGAGUAGCGGCGUCUGUCUAGGCCAGAUUUUCCAGAAAGCUUGCCGUUACAGCGCAGGGCCUCACUUUCUUCACAAAAUGCUGCAGUCUAA